AUCACCGCUGUUUCCGCAGCUAAAUACUCUGUGUGGCACUUCAAAGUUUUGGUAGAUGAUAGCUGAAUAUCUGCCUAGCCAUUCGCCUUCGGCUUCAAUAGUUUUCGGCUGGGGGUGAAUCGGGAUAACCUGGGUGGUUUCCUAUUAUAAAUGGCCUCUUAACGACAGCGACGUCGUCUUUGAUUUUUUAUUUUAACGCAGACUUCCACAAUAUUAAUCCAACGUCAUUAUGGAUGCCACAAAUACGGCAAUUAGUCUCUUCCAAUUUGCUCUCAGCACCUUUGGGCGUAUUCAGCUCGCAAGGGAAUUCAGGGAAGAUUUCGAAGCACACCAACUGAAACUUGACAUUAUUCAACUUCGGCUUUCCCGCUGGGGUGAAGUUGUCGAUAUUACCACACUUGACACCCGUUGCCCCUCUGCUAAUGAGCUGGAAUCGGCUGGUAGAGAGCCUAAAUAUGAUCUGGCUUCAAUAAAACAAACACUCUCCGAUGUCAGAGAUCUCUGCAAUAAGGCGUGUCGCCAAGCGUCAAGGAUAGGCAAGGGAUUAGAUGCGAAGACACAAGAAAUCACUCCAGAGUCAUGCGUACCAUCGGAUCUAGAGAAGCUUCGGUUCUGGCUCAAAGAAUGCCUCCGCAAGCGUAGAGCCCAGGCCUCUAGGACCGUCCAAGGCGUCAAAUGGGCUUUUUACAAGAAGGAAAAUUUUGAGAAUUUUAUAGCCAAUCUAACCGCGCUAAUUGACGCCCUCGAGAAGAUUAUGCCAGAGGUCGAUCGCGAAAAAUUGCGUCAGCUUAGUGAGGAGGAGUCCAAUGGGAUCGACAAGUCUGAUACUGAGGAACUCAAGGACGUCAUUCAGGGAUGCGAUCCAUGGUUGGAGCGCUCUUUAGACACAAAGCUGAACGCCGGUGGCGCGGGGACUAUCAUCAACCAGUCACGCAAUACAGGUAGUACGGUUGGAAUCCACAGAGGCAAUAACUACGGUGUCUCCAAUGGCACCAACAGCUCGCAAACGAAUACAUUUAAGCCGUGAAUUUCUGAUAAGAGAGUGGAAGCGUACCUGGGUAUUGAAAAGAGCAGUAGGCUAUCGUAAAGGAGACUGAAUUGGUUAGCUAGAAUGAGGAUACGGCAUAGGACGCAAUAUCUCCAACCCGAAUGAAUUAUUAUUUUUCAUUAAAUGAUUAAGGUGUAUC